GCUUUUGUAGACUGCAAAUCGUACUCAAUUCGAAAAGGACUAAAUAACAAUACGAACGCGUCAAAGUCCUGAAUUUUUUACACUUUUCCAAAUCGGUGUUUUUCCUUUGCUCCUGGCUCCGGGGAAAGCGGUCGCGCUGUCUCUCUUUCCGCAUCAAAGUCAUCUUCUUCUUGCUUGAGGCACGAUUGUGAAUAAGGCGCGCUUUGUUUUCCUACAGUCGGCAGGACCGGACAAAGCAUUUUUGCACGCGUUCGUCGGGAGCUCCCUGUGUGUGUUUGUGCAAGUGGGUAAGCUGCAUCUGCUGCAUGCAGUGCAAGGGAUUUCGUGUUACCGUAGGUUCGCUGAACGCCCCUCCACGAACGCCGCCAGGUGUGGAAAGCUGAGAUCAACGCUGGACAUCCGCCCGUUUUCUUAUGAACAACGCGCACAGCAAAUCCCAGUCGGACGACGAGUCCAGAAUCGAUGAGGAAUCGUCAUCUUCCGGCAGCCGCUCGUUUGAAAAGGAUGACAGCAAACAAUCGAACAAACAACCGAACAACGGCACGGUGCCGUCCUCUUCCGCCUCCUCUUCCGGCCGGCUGCGAGGCACUGCGGGUCGGUCAGCUUCCGCGCUGACGAGCGAAGAGCAGGAACUGAAACGUGUGUCCACGAAAAAGCUCAUCGAACGAUACUUCUACCAGCUGAUGCAAGGCUGCGGCAAUCCGAAAUGUUGCAACAAAAACUGUGCCUCAAGUGGGAAGGUCGAGCGGCUGACACCGAAUGCGGCCGCCGCCCGGGCUAUCCAGCUGUUCUCGCAGGAGGCCGCCCUGUGCUCGGAAACGCAGCCCUCGAAGCUGGCGAAAACGGACGAACACCACCAUGCGACUGGCAGUAGCGGCAGUACGUCCACGUGUUCCCCCUCCGUUGCUCAAGGAUCAAACGAACCGUCCAGUGCAGAUGCGGAUCGGUCCAACGCACGCUGGAGGGAGUGCAGCAAAGAGAACAAAGAGGUAGAGAAAAUGGAUGUGGCCUACGACAACUCAGCGCUUGAUUUGGACUCGAUGGAGGAGGACGACAGCAGCACGAAGACAACGGGUUCCACUGCCGAGCCUAGAAAGCCUAGUAGUAGUAGCAGUAGUAGCAGUAGUAACACCAGCCACAACACUGCGCAGAACCAUUUGGAACCUCUUGCCGCGGUCGGUACACUACCAGCGGCCAAUAGUAGAAACAAUAACGUCGGCAGUAGUAGUGGCAGUGGCGCCAAAACCAAAACCCAAGCGACGGAAGAGGUGCAGUAUCUGGAUGAGGCCAUGCUGAAAGAGCUGACCGAAAGAUGCAUCCGGGAGGGAUCGGACGCUCCGCUCAUCCGAAAGUUGGGCGCCGUGUUUUCCUCCUACCGUGGCCUAGCGGCUAGCUUCCAGUUCUGUCCGGCUGCGUCCAGCAUUGAGAAGAUGCUGGCGAGGGCCCCGGCCGGCGAUUUGCGCAACAUGAAGAAGGAAGAUCUGCGUUCGCUCGAAGGUGACCUGGACAAGGACGAGGAUAGCAAAGCGCCGGUAGAAUCGGUGCCGGAUGUACCAGACCCCGCCCACACCACGGUCGAUGUGGAGUCGCUCAGGCGUUCGAUGAAGGCACUGUACGCCGCCCGUCCGGCCGUGUUCGGUCCGAUCAAUAAUGCGCUCGAGCUGCUCGGGAAAUCGCUCUCGAGAGAUCUGCGCGUUGGGCUUACCUCGAAUGACGAGCUGGAAUCGCUAGUGACCGUGUUCGUGAUUGCGUUCGAAACGCUGCUGGUCGGGUCGGCCGAUUGCCUCGAGGGAUCGUUCCCCCGCAUCUGUGCAGCGGUAACGCGACUGCCCGUCUGGGCUCAGUGCCGGUUGGUGCGCAUCUGGGCGGAACACUGCAAGGACAGCAUCCAUCCGCUGCUGCAACAGCUUCAGCAGCUGAUCACCGUUUCGACGCUUUCGAUGCACUCCUUCCGAGGCAUCCGGAUACACGACAACAAAGUCGUCUGCAAUGCCACCAAGGCAAUGAAGCUGGUUUACUAUGCCAACAUACUGGCGGGAGAGCUAGAACCAAAGCACUAUCGUGAGUUGGACUUACGGGACACGUCGCUGCCAUCCUACCUUUCGCUCAUCCCCGAGGACGACGAUGUGCGGCCAGCCGAUGCGGAGGUGCGGUCGCGCCAGAAAAAGGUAGAAGACCCGUUCAUAACGGAGCUGGACGUAAAUCCGCUCGACUGCCGGAAGCCGCUGGUGCCAUACGAAGAGUUCUACAACGAGCUGCUGUGCGAUGUGGUCGAAAUGGAUCACGACUAUCUCGAGUACAAGAGCAUCGCGUCGGCCGUAAACGGUGCGCUGUCGCUGAUCGGGACGGAUCCAUCGACCAUCUUCAGUUUCAUGCAGUACGCGUUCAUCCUAACGCCGACGACGAAAACGCUUGCGCUCUACUACGACUCGCGCAUUCGUAUGUACUCCGAGCGGCGACUCAGCUUCCUGCAGCAGCAGCAGCAACUGCGCCAGAACAGUAGCGCACUGCAGGCAGUGAACCCUUACCUCAAUCUGAAGAUUCGCCGGGACCAUAUCAUCGACGAUGCGCUGGUCGAGCUGGAGAUCAUUGCCAUGUCUAACCCGAAGGACCUCAAGAAGCAGCUGGUGGUGGAGUUUACCGGCGAGCAGGGCAUCGACGAGGGCGGCGUUUCGAAGGAGUUCUUUCAGCUGAUCAUCGAGGAGAUCUUCAACCCCGACUAUGGCAUGUUCGUGACGAACGAGGACUCCAACACGGUGUGGUUUAACUCGAUCUCGUUCGAAAACGAGGCCCAGUUCACGCUCAUCGGUAUCGUGCUCGGGCUGGCAAUUUACAACAAUAUCAUCCUUGCGGUCAACUUCCCCAUGGUGGUCUAUCGCAAGCUGAUGGGCAUGAAGGGCUCAUUUCUCGAUCUGAAGGAUUUAAAUCCGGUACUGUUCAAUAGCUUAAAAUCGCUGCUCGACUAUACCGAAAACGACAUGGAGGAGGUAUUUAUGCAAACGUUCAAAAUCGGCUACCGGGAUGUGUUUGGGAACCUGCUCGAGCACGAACUGAAACCGGACGGUGACAAGAUAUUCGUUACGCAGGAAAACAAGCAAGACUUUGUCGAACUGUACAGUGACUUUAUGCUGAACAAGAGCGUCGAGAAGCAGUUCAACGCGUUCCGCAGGGGUUUCCAGAUGGUGACGGACGAAAGCCCGCUCCAUCUGCUGUUCCGCCCGGAGGAAGUGGAGCUGAUUGUGUGUGGCAGCAAGGAGUUUGAUUUCGACGAGCUCGAGCAGUCGACCGAGUACGAGGGCGGCUUCACUGCCGAGUCACAAACGAUCAAGGACUUUUGGUCGAUUGUGCACGGGCUGUCGAUGGAGGUAAAAAGAAAGUUGCUUCAAUUCACCACGGGCUCCGAUCGUGUUCCCGUCGGUGGUCUUAGUCGAUUGAAGCUAGUGGUAGCGCGCAACGGUCCCGACAGCGAUCGAUUGCCGACGAGUCAUACCUGCUUCAAUGUGCUGCUACUUCCCGAGUACAAUUCCAAGGAAAAGCUCGAGGAACGACUGCUGAAAGCGAUCAACUAUUCAAAAGGCUUCGGGAUGCUGUAGAACUGCACACGCCUGUGUGUGUAUGUGGCCAAGCAAUGCUCAACAAGUCAGUCCAUCACUUCGUUCAAUCGUGUUCUCGUUCAACUCAACGAGGAAGACGACACCAAGCAAAAUUGAAAUGACGCUGCGUCAUGUUUUCCACCUGAUGCCGCCAAUCAUGCCAGCUGCCAGAGGACAUUGUGUUUGAUGCUGUGGUGUGCAGUAGAAAAAUUGUUUUUAUAUUGUUCAUAUUUGUUUUGUCACCUGUAUUUAUGUGUCCAUCAAAUGUGUACGUUUGAUUUUUGUACCAAUACUCUACGCGGGCGGUCGUGUUGCCGUUGCGCGUUGCUUUCCAGGAAGGUCUUUCGGUUUGUUAGUUUUGCAACGGAAUUAAUUAGGGAUCUGAUAUCAACCAAUACGGUAAAAAAAAUAAAGCCACUUCUUUAAGAAGCAAAAACG